AUGGACGCUGUAAUUUCUCAGCUGCAAGACCUCUUUGAAGGCCAAAUAGAUUUCGACGGUCAGCGGCUUGCAGAGAGAAUCUCCUCUGCCGUCCUAACCAUCUCUUCCAUUCUGGCUUUGAUUACGGGCUUCAUUCAACAAGACAUCUAUGUGACCAUGUGGAUUGGUUUGGCUGGGAGCCUUCUUGCUAUGCUUCUUGUCGUUCCUCCUUGGCCGGUCUACAAUCAACAUCCUCAACCCUGGCUUGGUUCCCAAACCGUAUUGCCGCCAGGGGGAAUUCUGGUUGGAACAAAGGCAAGAUGA